AUGUCAGAUAAUGCCACGGAUUUGGAAAAGAAGCAAGAAAUGUUUAAAGGUUCCUGUUUUGUAACCCAGUUGGUAGCGUUAUCAGUAAAUGUUGCUCAGCGAGCCGGCAGCAUUAUCAGG